CGACACCCUAACGGCAACCUCAGAUACGAGUACUCCCCUCCUAUCAAGCACCAAGCUUGUCUUGGUCAAAACCUCCUCCAAUCAUUUGUUGAGCAAAUACCACACCACUCACUAUAAUGAGAUACUUCACGCCAGCCCUCCUGCUCGCCUCGGCCCUCCUCGUCGGCAUCAACGGUGCCCCGGCGGGGACAGAUGUUGUCCAACGGGACUUGGGCGAGUUGGGCGCUCAGGCCGACGUGCCUCAGAUUAAUGCCCCCGUUGCUGUCGCCGCUGUUGAACAGCCCGAGACCGCGCUAGCCGCUGGUCCCGACGAGCCUCAAAUCAAGGAGCGCCAGAUUCUCAAGCAAUUCGCUAAGCUCCUCGGCAAGAAAAAGAAGAAGAAGGCCAAGGCGGGAAAGGCCAAGGCGGGAAAGGCCACGGCGGGAAAGGCAAAGGCGGGAAAGGCAAAGGCGAAAGCGAAGGUCAACACUCCACCUCCGGCCAAGGUGCCGCCGCCCAACCCGCCCGCCGCCGUCCCGCCUCCCGCCGCCAAACCUCCCGCCGGCGCGCCCAAACCACCUGCUGCGAAUCCGAAGAAGGCCGGCGCCGCCGCUGGAGCCGGAGCUGCUGCAGCUGGAGGAAAUGCAGCUGUUGCUGCCAAAGGUAAUCCAAACCAAGGUGCUAAACCCGUCCCACCUGCUCCUGUUCCCGCUGGCGCAAUUGCGGCCGGCUCAAAACCCAAGCCUCUGGCUGGAGGUACGCCCAAGGCGGGCGGUAACACAAACACAAACAACCCGAAGGAUCCAGCCCCUGCCCCCGCUGGAGCUCUCAUGGCUGGUGCUCUCGCCGGAGGUGCAACAAACGGGAAUAAGCCUGGCGCUGCUCCUCAGACACCUCCCAAGCCGCAAGCACCUCCUCCACAGCCUCAGACGCCUCAGAAUCCCCCUGCACCGCAGACACCACAGAACCCUCCAAAGCCCCAAGCACCGCCCCCUAAGCCUGCUGGAAGUGGUGGUUUACCCCUUGCUGUUCCUGGUAGGAAUUCUGUAUGAGAGCUUGUGUUGACGAAAUGGUUUUUGCGCAGUUUGAGUCAGCAAUCGUUCGGAGAUAGCGAACACACGAGACAAUUCAAUCGACAGACACUCAUUUUCUCAUGCCUCGUGGGUAACCUAAAACUCCAUAAUUCAAUAACUCUAUUCGGUGGAACAUAUUGGUGAGGAAGUCGUGGGCAUGUCACUCGGUGAGACUACAAAGGCUUUGGCUUGGCUCGGGAACCCGAGUGUGUGUACAUAGGGAUGACAAAGAUACGAAUGACGACUGGACAACAAGUCGGAUUCUAUA